CAGACUGCUUCUACAAACAUUUGUGAAAGAAUGGGUCGCUCUCAGGAGCCUAAUGAUUCAAGCGUGGUACCAUAAUUUGCCACCUGUGUAAAAUCCAUCCAUGAAAUUUCCUUGAUACUAAAUACUCUACAGUCAGCUGUUAGUGGUAUUAUAACAAAGUGGAAGCAACUAGGAACUGUAGCAACUCAGUCACGAAGUGGUAGGCCACGAAAAAUGACAGAGGGGGCAGUGCAUACUGAAGCGCACAGUGUGCAGAAGAAGUCGCUGUCUGCAGAGUCAAUAGCUAAAGACCUCCAAACUUCAUGCGGCCUUCAGAUUAGCACAACAACAGUGCGUAUAGAGCUUCAUGGAAUGGGUUUCCAUGACCGAGCAGCUGCAUCCAAGCCUUACAUCACCAAGUGCAAUUCAAAGUGUCAGAUUCAGUGG